AUGCGCGGAACGAGCCGGACAAGCUUCUACUACGAUGAAAGCGAGUGCAGCGCGAAGGAGUUUUCGCCCCCGUUGCCGUUAGGCUGGACAGUGUGUGGCUCCUCGCAGUGUUCUAGAUCUCUCGACCUGGCGCAGGUGGUUGCAAUGCCAAAUCAAAUACUGAGAAGAAGAAAGAAGAAGAAGAAGAAGAAGAAGAAGAAGAAGAAGAAGAAGAAGAAGAAGAAGAAGAAGAAGAAGAAGAAGAAGAAGAAGAAGAAGAAGAAGAAGAAGAAGAAGGCACAGCGUGUAGUAGCUACCGAUUAUUUUCAAGAUGGACAGGAUAGACUGCCGACAUUGUUCAAACGCUGA